AUGUCCCGGUCACCUCGCCUUGUGCGGCACCUAUCCGACUCCGUCACGUUUACGGCGAUCGGCGAAAAGAAUUUCCGCCUCCGGGUUCCACUAUUGAAAAGUCCCUCGCAUCUUGGCCACCACUCUUCUCGCGGAAACAGACGAACAAACGAAGACCGCUAUUCAGCCGCGGUUAUGGACCUAGACAGUCCUGUUUUCGCCUUUGGCGUCUAUGACGGCCACGGCGGGCUGCAGUGUCUGACUUUUUUGCGUGAUCACUUGGCCAAAGUCAUUGAAGAAGCGGGGCUGCUAGUGGAGGACGACACGGCUCGACAGGAAUUGAUUCGCAACUACGCUAAAAACAUCGGCGGCUACUGGAAGCGCUGGUACAAGCACCGCAAUGAAAACUUGAAACGCAUGCAAGAAAGCACGCCUCAGGUACAAAAAUUGGCCAAUCUCAGCUGUGCCGACGACUUGAUGUCGCGGCUCCCUUUGGCGUUUUUGCAAACAGACUAUCGCUUUUUCAACGAGGACGACAAUGCUCUGGGAUCCACUUGUCUGGCUGUGUUCUUGCACACACUCACUGGAGGAAACUACUUUGAGCGCAACAGUGUGUCCAAGUUGACUGUGGCACAUGUGGGGGACACACGGGCCAUUCUAGUUGACCGCAACGGCUUUGCCCAUGCCCUUACGUCACCACACCACCCGCUGAACCCAAUGGAAGCGCGUCGGUUGAGAAAAUACGCCGCCAACUUUUUCAUGACGGAUUCGUUUGGAGAAGAACGCUUCGUCUCGCUCGCUAACACUCGUGCUUUUGGCGAUCUCGGCUUCAAACAGAUGGGCGUCACGGCCGAGCCGGAUGUGUCGCAGUAUAUUAUUGGCGAUGCCAGCGCCAUCAAGAAACUUCUCUCUCCGGAAGAGGUGAAAUCGUGUACUGUUGGGGGACAGGGCGGAGACGAAAGUUUUCUAGUGCUCUGCACCGAUGGUGUUUCGAACGAGAUCACAGACCAGGAAAUCGCCGACAUAGUCAUGGCGAACUACAAUCUCCGCGGGCUGCACAAGGCGACGCCGCAAUUUUGUGCCGAAGAGGUCGUUCGGUUCGUGGAUUACGUGGGCGGUGACGACAACUCAACAUGCAUGGUCAUACGGCUCGGAGGGUGGGGGCUGUGGCCGGUGGUGGACCGCACAGGGCUGUUGCGCCAGGAGCGGUUGAAUGCCUAUACUCCCAGAGACCGGGGGUAA